AUGGAGGCCUUUGUGCACACGGCCACGGGGGAGGUGGUGGUCACGGAGGUGGACCCGCUGCCAGACCUGUCGCUGGGGGGGCUGCUGAUGAAGCAGGCUGCUGCGGGGGUGCCCCAACCCCUCACCCCGGCCCAGGUCUGGCGGGAGGUGGUUUGCGCCGCGCAGCAGGGCGGCGGGGGGGCGGGGGGCGCGGGCAGCGCGACCCAGGGCGAGGCCGACUACGGCUUCUUCGACGUGGCCGACAUGGCAGACGACGACCUCCUGUCCAUCGAUGCGGCUGCCCAGGCCCAGCAACCCGUCCAGCAGCGGCAGGGCGCCGGGCAGACCUGGGAGGACGAGGGCCCCUCGUGGCAGGACCCGUCGGAGUUUGGGGCAGAAGCCUUCCUGUGA